UACGUCGGUACCCAGGGAGUAGGCGUUUCCGGCCAUUCAUACUCCCAGGCUUUUUGGACUUGGGUGGUCGCGUUUUGUGCGCUAUCCGACCGAAAGAGUGCCGGCACCGCUAGGAUGAAGCUCGUAAGAUUUUUGAUGAAAUUGAGUCAUGAAACUGUAACCAUUGAAUUAAAGAAUGGAACACAGGUCCAUGGAACAAUCACAGGUGUAGAUGUCAGCAUGAAUACACAUCUUAAAGCAGUGAAAAUGACUUUGAAGAAUAGAGAACCAGUACAACUGGAAACACUGAGUAUUCGAGGAAAUAACAUUCGAUAUUUUAUUCUGCCAGACAGCUUACCUCUGGAUACACUACUUGUGGAUGUUGAACCGAAGGUGAAAUCUAAGAAAAGGGAAGCUGUUGCAGGAAGAGGCCGAGGCCGAGGAAGAGGAAGAGGACGUGGUCGGGGUAGAGGAAGAGGGGGUCCUAGGCGAUAAUGUCUCUCAAGAUUACUAUUUCAAAGUGAUACGUGAUUUGGAAUAUUUUUUGUACAGGCUUUGUUUAUGUCAGUUUUUAAUAAACAUAAAUGUAGGACA